ACAUAAAGUCGUUCCUCUCUAACCACUUAAGAGAGAAUGUCUGGAAGCUGCUAAAAUUGGGCCUGAUCUCAAGUUAUUACUCUCGGAAUGUUAUCAUUAAUCAAACACCAGUUAAUACCGUCUUAAUAGUAGAACCCAGACAAGCCAAUCAGAGCACGAUCCAUAUCGUUAGAAUUUAAACGAACAAAUCAGAGUAAUAAUUUAAGGCAUUUUAUUAACUCCCCCUCCAUUUUGACAGCCAAGUCCAAAGUAAUAUCACGUUUUUCCCCACUCCAGAAACUAUCGGGAGAUUGGGUAUCAGCUUUCAGAGCAACGAGUUCUGGGAUCUCAUUUGCGUGGGCAACGGUUACUUAUGAUUGGUUAGUGACUACCUUGAAUACCAUCCACCAAUCAUGACUAACGCUUGUCCACCAAAUGAUCCCUGAAAUCGUUGCACCGAAAGCUUGUACCCAUUCUCCUUAUAGAUUAUGGAGUGGGGAGUCAAACCAUCAGGUAAGUGGAAUCAAACGUUUUUUAAAAUUGGUGUAUAAAGAUAACAACGGCCGAUUUGCGUAAAACAGGUCUUGAAAUGAGGAAAUGACGUUUCAGAGAACUUAGCUCUUAAAUUUCCCAGCGAGGGCAGGGCCAUGUCCCUCACUCCACUACCCCCCCCCCCCCCCCCCCCCCCCCCCCCCCCCCCCAGAGACAGAGAGAGAAAGCUUUCCACGUUCUGCGCGGGAGGGCGCAUUUCUCUAGACCCGCGGGGAAGUGCUCUCGCACACGCACACACACACACAAACGCACACACACAAACGCACACGCACACACACACACACAAACGCACACACACAAACGCACACACACACACAAACACACACACACACACACACACACACACACACACACACACACACACACGCACACACACACACACACACCUCCCCCCAGGAAAGUCCGCCUCUGGGGUAUUUUUGGCCUUAACGGCCAUGAAUGGUCCCUUACCUACUGAGCUAAAAUUUAAGGAGAACACUGGUAGCUAAGUCUCAGGCUAUUUGCUCACUUUCAUGUGCGAGCCACGUAGACUGUGAGUUUGUAAUUAAUGAUCUUUCAUUUGUGGUAGGUGUGUGAAUGAUUAUUAUUUAGGUCUUUUCUUUGCUCAGGUGUUUUACAUUUGCUGAAAUGGGAUGGGUUACAAGACAACUUGCAGCUACACUCUUCGCCUCACCGCCAUCUUCAACAUAUGACGAGGUAUAAUUUAGUCGUAACUUUAAACGUAAUUUAGGUAUGCAUCACGUAAACAAGGGUUUAGGCGCACUACCAAGGCCAAAGAGCUUAAAAGUGCAGAGCUCAGUUAUGCCAGUUUCUGUAACAUACAACUUUGUCGUCAGUGCUUUUCCCUUAGAAAUGUAAUUAAGCAGCCUUUUGUUUGCUUUUCGCACAUGUGCAUUAGCUUUUUUUGCGAAUCUAUCUCAAUAGGCCAUUUCCGAGUUCCCCCGGGCCUCUGUAUCAAAACGAGGUUAAGUGCUCAGCCUUUGAUAUGCAAAUAAUUUUUCAAUCUCGUCCAAAUAAAACUCAUUUUCACAAGAAAGGUUGUGCACUUGGCCUCAUUUUGAAAGUGAUGGUUUUUGGAACUCGGAAGUGGCCUUUUUUUGUACCCUGCGAGCAGAGGUUUCUUUCUUAGCAUUUACGAAGUCGUUCGCGUCGCUUGUCAUUCGGGUACUUGGUAUGUUUUAUGCGACACGGGCUGGUUAACUUUUUAGGAAAAGGACAAAUUUAAUCGGCAAAGGAUAUUUUGCUGGGGGGUCGUUUUCAAAGCAGUGAUUUUGUUACCUCUGCAUCCUACGUCCCUGACACAUCAGAAUCCCCAAAGACGCCCAAAAGUUCAUGGCACGCGUCCCGUAGGAGACAAAGAUCGAUCGAUCUGAAGAUGUUUUUGUAGAAUAUCCUGUGCGUGUGAUUUCUGUGGCUGUUCUGAUUUUAGUUCAAGUUUAUGUCUCCUUUACUAAAAAGAGCGCAGUUUGGAAAUAUUUCGGAAAUAUCUAUUGUUUUGGACCUUCAUGCCUUAAAUCCUGUGUCCGUAUUAAAAUGAAUCGAUGAAAAACAUGCUUUAAAUUGAAUUGCGAAUUAAUGACAACAAACCGUAUUUGUCUAUGAGGGUAUAUCUAUGACAAAAUUCAAUAACCUAAAAGUGAAAAGAGUUAAGUCAAAUCUGAAAUAUACCGAGUCAAAGUUGGUAAAAAAAAAGACUACGGUAAAAGGAAGAAAUACUAAAAAAGCCACUAUCAUAUUAGGUAUCACGCAGAAAAAGGCAUCACGCUAAAAGGCAACACGCAAAGAGGCAUCACGCACAGAGGCAACACGCAAAGAGGCAUCACGCACAGAGGCAACACGCAAAAAGGCAUCACGCAAAGAGCCAACACGCAAAAAGGCAUAACGCAAAGAGCCAACACGCAAAAAGGCAUCACGCAAAGAGGCAACACGCAAAAAAGGCAAUUUGCAAAACGGGCAUCACGUGAGAAGUUUACUUAGGAUCCAGGCCUGGAUCUUAAACAGUAUUAUUUAGUACAUACUGCAACCAAACCGAAAUGGUAUUCGAACGAGACAUUCUAUCUUGCUCACCUCGUGAGGUGCUUAUUCGGUACCUUAGGCGUGCCCUGAUUGAUACAUUACAACAAGUCCAAAACAGAAUUGACAGCGAUUGCAUUUCUUUCUGGCUGGGAAACUUAAAUAUUUACUUUUGAGAUCGGCACAUCUUUAGCAAGAUGGCGGACAGGUUUUAGCGGUUCUUCGUGGAGCGUUAACAGCAGUGGAAAAUUGCCGUCAAUCUGAGGGGAAUCCCACCUUAUGAGGGAAAGAAAUGCAAUCGCUAUCAAUUCAGUUUUGGACUUGUUUUAAUGUAUCAAUCAGGCCACGCCUAAGGUACCAAAGAAGCACCUCACGAGGUGAGUAAGAUGGAAGGUCUCGUUCGAAUACCAUUUCGGUUUGCUUGCAGUAUGUACUAAAUAAUACUGUUUAAGAUCCAGGCCUGGAGCCUAAGUAAACUUCUCACGUGAUGCCCAUUUUGCAAAUUGCGUUCUUUGCGAUGCUUUUUUGUGUGUUGCCUUUUUGCGUUAUGCCUUUUUGCGUGUUGCCUCUUUGCGUGAUGCCUUUUUGCGUGUUGCCUUUUAGCGUGAUGCCUUUUUCUGCGUGAUACCUAUAUGAUAGUGGCCUUUUUAGUAUUUCUUCCUUUUAGCGUGGCCUUUUUUUUACCAACUUUGACUCGGUAUAUUUCAGAUUUGACUUAACUCUUUUCACUUUUAGGUCAUUGAAUUUCGUCAUUCAUAUACCCUCAUAUUUGUCAGUGUUGUCUGCAGUUUGGCCAGAAUUAUGAUAAUAAUAACUUGUAAUAACCAAAGGUUAGGGAUUGUGGGCGACAGUGAUCGAAGAUCAAAACACUUUUGCUCCCUUGCUAUGCUUUGCGUAAGUUUUACGUGACAGAUGGUCAAAACGCGCGUGAUGAAAUUGCGUUCCGUGCAUUUCAUUCAUUCGUAGUGGAAGUCCAAACAAAUGCUGGCUACGUUCAUGCGAGCAUGCGUAAAAACAACCUGGAGAUCAGGAUUGCGGGCUCCUCUUGUCGCCCCCAAUAAUAAUAAUUUUAAAAAAUUCAAAACGCGCCAAUAUGUAUCGAAACGUAACACAGACGCCUGUAAUCAGGCGGCCCUUCUUCCCUUUUUACCGACUUACGCGCUUUCCCCCAAAAAAGAACGCCUGAUUUGCUAGGCCUUUGAGAUAACGAAAUUCAUUAACAUCUUGUUAUUAUUUUCAGGCGUUAAAGCAUUUUCAAAAAGCGGAAGAGCGUAAGUAUUAAGCAAAUAAUCUACCCUCACACAAUUAUCAUCAAAGGUCAGAUAAGCUGGGGGGAAGGCAGAAUGUUUAAAAAAAAAUUUUUUUUGACGCGUUUUAUACGUUAAUUCGUAUACUAAUGAAGGUACACGCAUGCUCGUGGAGGCUGUUCCUAGAAAACCACAGACACUUUCACUUGCAGGAUGUCAUUCAACCUCUUUUCCAGGACACCCUACAGAGGGACGAGUAGGAGAGAGCCCUUAGCCUGUGUACAGCCGCGUUCCAACCCCCCCCCACCCCCCCCACCCCCCCCCCCAACACAACCCACCCCAACCCCAACCACACAACCCCCACCCACACCACCGACACACACCCACCACCACCACCCAACACCCAGACCGCCAACACCGACAAGCUCGAUUUCUUUUUUUUUUCACACCGAAAGCCGUGUAAGAGGGCGGCGUGGUUGGGGAGUUGUGCCGUGCGCUCUCCCCACCUUGCAUUAACCCCCUUUUCCCGGACCCCCCCAAAAGGGGGGGGAAGGGGAGGGCCCCUACCCCGGUGACAGCGCCUUCCCCCCCCCCCCCCCCCCCCAACUCAAACGAGGUUAAACGUCAUUCAGAGAGCACCGCAAACUGCCGUUUAAAGCCCCCAACUUUAAAGCCCCACCCCCCCCCCCCGGUGAAAAGCCUAUCGACUAGUAAGCAAAAAAUACAUUUGAUUACAAGCUCCCCUCUAACUUUGAUUUUUAUGUAUCGAAAUGAAUUCGAUUUAUUAUGACGUUUUGCUGUUUUGCUGGAAGCUUUAUUUAAAACCAGUAAAUGUAAACGGAUUAUGAUAGUUUUUACAAUACUAUAACAGAAAAAACGAAUAAUGUUACUGGUUCGGAAGCGAUCUACUUUUAGAAUGUUGAAAUGAAGACUGUGGCUAUGGGCUAGUUAUUUGAACGAAGUCUAACUUAAGGCACUUUCCACUUUUCAGAACUGGCCGGCCGGAUUAUGGCCGGACCGGUCAUUUUGACAAUGAAAUAGGCCUUUUCCGCCAAGAGUUUUUGAUGAAAACCCAUUUCCUUCGUGCAUACUAUUUAAGACUUGACUGAUCUGGGUGGAUAGUUUUGAUUUAAAGUGAGAUUCUCAUUGCGACGGGAAUGGUCCGCUGGUCAGUCAGUUCUGACAAAUGGAAAGGGUCCUUAGACCACCGCGGUUUCACAAAUCUUUGUACUUCCAGAUCUCUUCCUUAGUGGAUUAUUGUAAGAAGACAAAUGCUUUUCUGUCUACGCUAUAUGCUUUCAUUAAACUGCACACGAAAUAGGGUGAUUACGUAAAAGCGUUCGGCAAACUGAAAAUGGUUUAGAACGCGGUUUUGUUAAACACUGGCUAAACUCCGUUUAAAUAACUGUCCCUAUAAGUUUGUUGGGAAAUAUCUGUCUGUUAAUACGGUGUGCCUAGUUAACUGACAGAGAAUAACUUUCUUUUUCCCCGUGUUGCUCAGUGGAACCAAAUUUCUACAGCCAAAAUCAUCUGCUUCUUGGGAAAACACUUCUACGACAAAAUAAGAAGGACGAGGCAAAGAAAUGGCUUGAGAAAGCUGCGUACAGCAAUCCGUGCAAAACCGUAGAUGAUGAAUCGGUGAGCACUAUACUGUGACUGCACUAUUUUACAAUGUCAAUUCAGAAACUCCAUGGAGAAUGGGUACAAGCUUUUGGCGCAGUGAUUUCUGGGAUCAUUUGGGUGGACAAGCGUUAGUUAUGAUUGGUGGAUGGUAUUCAAGGCAACCAUUAACCAGUCAUGAGCAACCGUUGCCCACCCAAAUGAUUCCAGAAAUCUUUGCGCAGAGAGUUUGGAUCCAUUCCCCUCAUAGUUUCUGGAGUGGGGAAUAGUAUUUCGUCUCAUUUUGGCUAAACGGGUGAAAUAUUGAUCUUGGACCUGAGACAGAAAGGCAUCACAUUGAGAGCUUUGAUGUGGGCGAUGACGAGUCUCUGGCCUCAAAAAGUAGUUUGUAGGAGUCAAAUCUAUUUGGCGAGAGCAAAAUUGAUGCUGAUUUCUGACCAGGCCAGAGACUUGGUUAAAGAGUGUUUCAAAAGCGGGCCUCUAUGUGUCCCUUUCAAAACGGCUCGUUUACAUCCGGGAUCUUGAAUAAUUGACUCUGUCAGGAAAGUUUACCUGAGUUUACGUGGAGAAAGCGAGAGUUAUUGAGAGAGAAAGUAAUUUGAUGAUAUUUCACCCGUAUUAAGUGUGGAAACAUUCUGCCUGGUUGGUUGUGGAUAGUUUUAUCAGUGCCGGGAAAGUGGUUAAUUGUGUGAUGUUCUGAAGUUGUUGACAGACAGAAUUCUUGUAUGUCGUGGUGCUCGUGUUACAAGAAUACUGUGUUCAAGCAUAAAAACGCUUCGUGAGUGCUUAGUUGAAGUGAUUUUGUCUUAGACAUCCGAAUUCUGGGCUCAAGGAAGGUGGAUUCUUGGUCUGCUUUAGUCGGGCAUCUCGCUAUGAGCCCCCUAGUUUGAGAGACUGAAAGGUCAUCAUUUCUGUGCAGUUUACCCUGCGAGCAGGCUCUCCACCAGAGCGCCCAGGAGAGCUUACUCGCAGGCCAGUGCUGUUAAAUUUGUUCAUUUCAUUACAAAUCUGUCGCUUUUGCCAGAGCGACUUUUCGUGUGUUGCUAGUGAUUAAUUUGUCUUUUUUAAGCGCUAACUAGCGACUUUCAACUGCUUUUUAUUCACCUCAAGGGUCAAAUUGUUAAAACACACUUGAAACUUCUAUAGGUACCUUUUAAAAAAUCCAGUCAACAAUAAUCAACACUAUUUAGAAGAACUAUAAAAGAAAAUUCGUCGACGGGAAAUUGACGUGUAGACGAUAUUUUCAAUUGCUUUAGAGAAAAAAAUGAUUUUAACCAAUCUGUUUUUGUUUGUCUGUUUGUUUUUUUGUUCACCCUUUCAGACAGCGAAGGAACUCUCGAGAACUGUUUCUUGAAAAAAGACAAAGGAAAAAUUCGUAGAGAAUUUAGUAAACAAAACACCAAAGCUAGAUGAGUUAUGUGACAUUUCUGUUAUUCUUGACGUAAUGGCUUGUCCGCAAAUUUGGUGCGCGGGAUAGCCAAGUGUGCCCGCGCGAUUUUGCCACGCUGGGCAGUAGACCUACCCGAACCACGUUUUCACUGUUGUUGAAGCUUUCGAAUAUUUUCUUCUAAUAUAGAAAUCUAUUUUUUGCAGGCAAAGAAAGAGGCGGAAGAGCUCUUAAAGAAAAACUUUUAA